GUUUUACACAGUUUUUGCUUCUGUUAUUUCAUUUGCUCCUGUGAGGUGACAGAGCAGGGAUUCUUAACAGACCCGUGUCAGAGAUAAAAGACCGGAGGCUCAGGCUCCAGCACAGCUUCCUAGAGGUAGCACUCCGAAUCCCCAGCCCAGGGGGUCUUAUCACCGUGCCUCCUGGACUCUGGCCACGGAAUGAGCUGGGGCAGGCCCCAUCCCAGGAUGGGCUGACGGCUGACAGCCCCUGAGAACAGUGGUGGCCACAAGAAAGCAGAUGCUGAGAGAAGGAUCUGAGUGUGAGUCAUCUAUUUGGGAAAGGAUCCCAGGAAAUACCUUCAGGAGAAGUGGGAAGGGAAGAAAGUCCAAAACGUGGACAAUAUGAAGCCACUCACCAGCGUGGAGCUGCCGGAGAACUGGACAGACACUCGGGAGACGCUGCUCGAGGGAAUGCUCUUCAGCCUCAAGUACCUGGGCAUGACGCUGGUGGAGCAGCCCAAGGGUGAGGAGCUGUCAGCUGCUGCUGUCAAGAGGAUUGUGGCCACGGCCAAGGCCAGCGGGAAGAAGCUGCAGAAAGUGACCCUCAAGGUGUCGCCACGGGGGAUUAUCCUGACUGACAACAUCACCAACCAGCUCAUUGAGAAUGUGUCCAUUUACAGGAUCUCCUAUUGCACAGCAGACAAGAUGCACGACAAAGUGUUUGCCUACAUUGCACAGAGCCAGCACAAUGAGAAUCUUGAGUGCCAUGCCUUCCUCUGCACCAAGCGGAAACUGGCCCAGGCUGUCACCCUCACAGUAGCCCAGGCCUUCAAAGUCGCCUUUGAGUUUUGGCAGGCGUCCAAGGAAGCGAUUGCUGGGGGCGGGGCCUGCAACGCUCUGUGCCUUGGUCCCACAGAGAAGGAGAAGAGGGACAAAGCCAGCCAAGAGGGAGGGGACAUCCUGGGCGGGGGCCUCCGAGACAGCACCCCGUCGUUGAAGAGCCUGGUUGCCACUGGGAACCUGCUGGACUUGGAAGAGACGGCCAAGGCCCCGCUGUCCACAGUCAGCUCUAAUACCACUAACAUGGACGAGGCACCGAGGCCUCAAGCCUUGAACAAUAGCAGUGUUGUCUGGGAGCUGGAUGACGGCCUGGAUGAAGCAUUUUCAAGGACUGGCUGCUCAGGCCCCCCCCAGCCCCCUUUGGGGGCCCCGGGCUCACAGAGCUCUGCUUUCCAGGCUUGCGCAGUCUCGGACAAACCCUCAGGUCCUGGACACUGGAUUGACAGCACAGGACAUCCGUUACGCCCAGUGCCACUCACCUGUCGACUGGGACAAGCCUGACAGCAGCGGCGCUGAGCAGGAUGAUCUCUUCAGCUUCUGAGCGCCCCGGGGCUGGUGGGACACGUGACACAGACCAGCGCCAGUGGUGGCAGCGUGGGGCCGGCGCCAGGACCCCCAGCCACCCUCUGCUGGGUGACGGCACCGUCAUCCUGCGAAUCACAGCUGCGCCCAGUCAAGCAGGGAGGGAGGAGAAAAUUCUCUUUUAGCCCCACUCUUUCUGUAGGAACGGAAGGGCGCCUUGGGUAUUUAUUCAGCGACUCCUGGUUCAGCUCGGAAGCUGGAUUUGCGUCAGGCACGAGCGCAUGUUUUAACCAGCUUUCUGCCCUCUCUAGAGCGAGCUCUGCUCUGCUGCGGGUGUCAGGACGGUGACCAAAGCAUUUCUUGUCCCUUCUCUCUUUCUAAGGACCCAGAUUUCCCUGGCGGCGCCCCCACUCCUUAGCACAGGAGGGUCCCGCAGCCUCAGCAGAACGCUGCGUCCUCAAGUGUGCCUUCGGCCGGGGCCCCGCGGGCCUGGGCUUGCGCCCCCGCCCCGGGGCUCCCCGCAGAGGGGCAGCCGCUGACCAAAGACAAUGUGUAGCUGGCACUUUAAAGCGCACACGGCAGGUGCGGCCCCCAGGGGCUCCUCGAUGGUGCUGCAUUACAUAGAGCUUUCUGUCUGCCCUUCCACAAGGUGGUCCCCGUCGGGGCUCGGAACCAGUGGACCUGGCUGCCUACGGGUCCCCAGAGUCUCUCCGUCAGGAUUCCCCAACCCACUCUCCUCCCCGAGUUGGACGGGCACGUGCCCGCUCUUCCUGUCUCGUCCGCGUGGGUGUCUCUGAGCCCCGAUUCCCCACGCCUCCGGGGACAGUGUGUAGCGCCGAACACCGAGCCUUGGUCAGGACUCUUGUCGCCAUUUUACAGAGGAGACAGGCCCCGAGUGUGGAAGGGGUGGACGGCAGAGUAGAACCAGAUCUGAUGCCAAAGUUGCCUCUCCCGGCUCAUACCUCCCUUCUUUCUGGCUUUGUUGUCCUCCCAGGAACCAAAAACCCCAGCUCUUUUCUGACCAAAAUGUGUUUCAUAACAAACCAUCUGGUGCCUUUCCACAGACAACUGGCUUGAGCCUCCGCGCCCUGCUCGCUGGCUGGCUGCCGAUUUGCGUGGAAUGAAAGUUGAUGCUAAUUUGGAGGGUGAAACCAAACUAGACGCCGAAGCAUCACACUCUUCUUCGUUCCCGACCCUGACCCCUGGGUCGGCGCAUGGCAGCUGAGUCUGUCUCUGUCUCCUGUCCUCCUCCCGCUCCCUCCCCCCCCACCCCCCCCCCCGCCCCGCCCCCGGGGCUCCCAGCAAAGCUGCCAAGUGCCCUCUCCCCCUGGGGGUAGCUCCCAGGCCUGGCUUUACUGAGCUCAAGGCACUGAUGGUAGCAGGUUUCACCAGCCCAGGAAAAACACACACCCUUUCUCAGAAUCUACUUCUCUACGCACUUGAAUCGGAGCACAGAGACAGAAGUGCCUGGCCAAGGGGUGGGGUGGCAUCUGUAGAGUGUCUGUCAGAAUACGGGGAUCAGUUCCUUUCCUUGCCCAGCGCCCGCACCUUGCUGCCCACCCCAGACCUUGGUACUGGCCCCUGGAUUUAUUACGAGGCAGCAAGGUUAGGGCCCGACACCGGCUGUCCCUGGCACAAGGGUCCAGAAGCCCCAAGAGGCCGUGCUGUGUGUGUGUGUGUGUGUGUGUGUGUGUGUGUGUGUGAGGGAGAGAACCGGACUUGGCCUUUGUGUGGGUCCCUGGCUGACAGGCUGUCUGUGCUCCCAUGUGUCUGCACAUGAGUCUUGUGCUUUGCUUUGUGUUGCUGCAAAAGACAUUCUAAUGAGGAAGACUAAGUAAUAAAGGUUCUCUUUUUGAAAUACAAA